AUAAACUCAUCAGUGUUUCCUCUCCUCGUCCCUUCGUCCGUCUACCCUCCAUCUCCUUAAUCACUGCUCAGCCCUGGACCUCCUCAACUCCUCGGCCCUCCUCCCCCUCUCGUCCCAUCUCCUCCUCCUCCUCCCCUGUAGUGGUCCGGCCGGUCCCCCCUCCUCUCAGAGGUCUGACAGAGACUCUGUUGCAGGACUUUGAGGAGCGACGAGUCCAGCUGAAACUGGAGGAGAGCUCAUACGCAGGAAUCCAACCGGUGGACGACGUCAACAAUGAGGUUGUUGAGUCAACUCGGGUCAUUCGACAUAAAAACCAACGAGCUCUGCGCUGGGAGGCUGGAGUAUUCGCCAACCAGGAGGAGCAGUGAGACCAGAUCCAUGACCAGGACCUGCAGGAGACGGGGGGAUGGGGGGAGGGGGGGCAUGGUGUCUCCUCUGGUUCUUCCUCUUAGACCAGCCGGAGUGUCUCUUCACUAGCAGGACUGUUGUCGUUCAGCUGAGAUUAAAAUGGUUUUAAACUGGAACAAUUUGAAGAAAAGGCUGUUCCUGAUAGGUUCUUUAAGAUGACAGUCCGUUGCCUUGUCCAAUCAGCUGCCAGCUGCUGUGUAGAGCCUCAAGCAGAGAAUAUGAGCCUAAUGCAGGAACCACUUGUUUGAACAUAUUUGUUCAUAAGUGGCUUGUACGACUGAUUUAGGAGACUUUGUGGCAAUUACCAAUUUUCUCUUAUUUUGAAUCUUCUCCUAAUUUGAACUUCCUCUUCAGUAUGAAAACAGUUUACGAGGUCCAGACUCUGGUAGGAGUCAAUCAAAACUAAAGGAUUGUAUAUUGCAUUACUUUACAGACAUUUAUGCAAAUUACAUUUCCUAAUUCAGUUGUCAUGAUCCGGUCUGAAUUUGAAUAUAGUUGCAAAUGUAUCAUUAGCCAUUAACGAUAUCCUCAUUAUAGGAAACGGUCUAUUGAUGGGGACUCUCUAAUAUCACCUAUCGUAUUCAUUUCUCUAUCUUCCCUCCAUCCCCUCCCACUGCACUCAUCCAUCGCGUUGCUUUUCAUAUCAAACCUCUUCUUCUUGAUUUCAGCGGUAGUCCAACCUUCAGGUCACACAGCUCCUUUAAUUCCACUGCUGAUGCCGUUAAAAAUGAUUAACUGACUUUCCUUUGUUGAUCUCAGAAAGCAGGACUUCAAUCUCAGAGCUCAUUAAUGGAUCAACUUCCUAACAGGUGGGGCAGUUCCUGGAGCCUUACAUAGCAUUAUCGGAACGUUGCUUAUAGAAAUGUUCAUUUCUCUUGAACACACUCCAUUACGCACAGGUGGCAUUCAUCAUUUUUACACAGAAAUCUGAAGUUGGGAGCAUUUGCCGAACCUGACGUGGCACACUCAUACGAAUCAAAGUCCAAGCAACUUAGGUUAGGUUCUUGCAUGAGGCCCAAGGUAUAAAAAAGAAAUGCAGAAGUAAAUUAGAGUUAAAGUGAGUGACGAAGAGCAGCAGAACAGGAAGUUCCUGAUUGUUUUGAUGAUUUUAAACUGAUGCUUUAAAAUAACAAAGAAUAAACUUUUUUUUUCAAACUGUCA